AUGGCAGCUGUUGUGAGGCUUCAAAUCUUUGUUUCUGAUUUUAUGACUGUGUUUGUGCUGCUCACAGCUGUAUUUCUAAUGCUUAUUGAUUGGGCAUUGCUUCAUUACGACUAUUUGGGAAUUUGUGCUGAAACUGCCAAUAGGUCAAUGUAUGCCCAGUGGAGUGAGGUUUAUUCUUCUCAAGCAGUUGGUGGACACAUUGGACAGAUGACCUUGACAUCAACAGUGGAUAGUUCUGUAAUGAAUUCUCUCGGUCAAAGAAAACAAGCUGGGAGCAUUCAUGACAUUAUGAAUCGACGUCUCAAGAAUCGAGAACGGCAACGUAGAUACAGGGCUAGAAAGCGCCGUGAAGCUGAUAUAAAGAAGGCAGGUAUUGGUUCACAAUCAACUCCAUUGCAAGUGGAAAUACAGGUGAAUAGCACUUCUCAUGAUGGCGUGACGCGAAUUCAUUGUCAAAGAGAUUGGAAAAAAGAUGCCAGAAGGGCCCAUGUUGUCCAUGAACAAGAAAUCAAGUCCAGUGACCCUGCAAGUCUUGAACCAACAUCAGUUAGUGGAAGUGAAGCACCCUUCUUGCCAUCCAGAUUUGGGGCAGACCCUCCAUCAAGUAGUGAAACACCUAGGACUACACUCAGCAAAAGACAUUGGAAGGCGGAAGCGAGAAAUAAAAAAAGCUAA